UCCGUGCGCUUUUUGUGCCACGUAAAUUUAUGUUUCCCUCUUACCGUGAUCUGUUUUAUAUGGCUACAGCCGUAGCAGGUUAUGAUAAAUUGUACUUUGUACGACUCAUUGGACAGGCGCAUUUUAGGCCACUAAAACACAGCCAAUGACGAACAGUGGCUGAAGAUCAAAGUUCUGCUCACUGCACAAGGAUCCGUGGAAUGCUCCAACCUGUGAUCCUGACUGAUUGAGCCAGAACCAGUCAAGUGUUAUGCACCUCCACUGCAGCUUGUCACUCGCACCAGUGGACUCUCAGUGACACCUUCAAGUGGGUAAUCCCUUCAAUGAGCUCCAUGGACGUGUCAGCAUGAUAUUACGCCUGCUGCUUCGCCCCCCUCCUCUUCGUGGCAUCGCUGCGUCACUUCGGUACGUCUGCACGGAAGGCCCUGCCCUCAAGCCCGCCAUCGCUCAAGAGUCCGUGGAGGUGUUAGGCCACGCCUACCCCUGCGAUGACUUCACCAACGUCACCCCCAAGAUCCUGGCCAAAGUGGGCCGCGACCUCCACAACCUCGCCCAUCAUCCCCUCUGGCUCGUCAAGGAGAGGAUCAAGGCUCACUUCUACAGUGCCUACAUCGGUCGCUGGGGCAACCCGUUGUUCUCCGUCCAUGACAACCUGAGCCCCGUGGUUACCGUGGAGCAGAACUUUGACAGCUUGCUGAUUCCGCCCGACCACCCCAGCAGGAAGCGUGGAGAUAACUAUUAUCUGAACAGGGCCACCAUGCUACGCGCUCACACCUCCGCCCACCAGAGGGAGCUGGUGAGGUCCGGUCUGGACGCCUUCCUAUUGGCCGGAGACGUUUACCGACGGGACGAGAUCGACGCCAGUCACUACCCCGUCUUCCACCAGAUGGAAGGCGUACGACUCUUCUCCGACCACGAGCUCUUCUCCAAGGUUCAGAAUGGCAAAGACCUCCAGAUGUUUGAGGUCGCCGGCCGCAGGACGCCACAGAAACAGGAAACGCACACCCUGGAGGCCGUCAAGCUGGUGGAGUUCGACCUGAAGCGCACGCUGACGCGACUCGUCACCCACCUGUUUGGAAAAGAUGUGGAGGUGCGCUGGGUGGACUGUUACUUCCCCUUCACUCAUCCUUCCUUUGAGAUGGAAGUGCGUUUCCAGGGCGACUGGAUGGAGGUGCUGGGCUGUGGAGUCAUGGAGCAGCAGCUGCUCAACUCUGCCGGCGCCGACAACAAGCUGGGCUGGGCGUUCGGACUGGGCCUGGAGAGGCUGGCCAUGGUCCUCUACGACAUCCCCGACAUCAGGGUCUUCUGGAGCCAAAACGAGCGCUUCCUCCAGCAGUUUCGAGUGGACGACAUCCACCAGGCCAUCCGCUUCCAGGCCCUCAGCAAGUAUCCGCCCCUGCACAACGACAUUUCCUUCUGGCUGCCAGCGGACGGGCGCCACUUCGACGCCAACGACUUCUACGAGCUGGUGCGCUCCAUCGCCGGGGACCUGGUGGAGAGGGUGUCGCUGGUGGACGACUUCACGCACCCAAAGAGCGGGAGGCGGAGCCACUGCUUCCGCAUCGUCUACUGCCACACGGAGCGCACGCUGAGCCAACGGGAAGUCGGCCUGGUCCACCAGACGAUCGAGCGCAGCGCCGAGAGCGAGCUGGGCGUGGAGGUUCGAUAGUGAGCGAGCCACUUUAUUAGGGACGCCGCGGAAUCUGCCGGUAGAAUCCUGCUUUAAUUUGAUGUUUCUCAAACUUUUCAUUACAAAUCAAUAAUAAAAAUGACGAACAAUUA